CUCCAUCCCCCUCCUCCUGCUGGUCAGUCAGAGAGAGAAAGAGGAAACAGUAGAGAGGCUUCUGGACCACAGGGAGAGGAAGUCCUCACAUCUCUCAGCAGUGGAAAGUUCUUGGAGAGAAGAAGACGAUAGACGUCAUCACCUAUCGAGAGCCCGGCUGAGGCAAAGUGACAGCAGCCGAGAGUUCCCUGUCCUGCAGACAAUAAUAAUCUGAAAGAUCCUGAAAAAAUAAGGUCCAGAUCAAUUAAAGAGCUUGGUUUUCCUGAACUGUCCAACAGCUUUCCUUUCCCUUUUACUCCCACUAACCAUUGGAAUGGAUUCCAGUCUGUUACCAGUAAUGCUUCCCCUCCUUCCCUCACUCAUCCUGAUUCUUCUGGCUGGGCCAGCCAUCCUGACCCCAUCAACCUCCAAGGAACUACAGGUCAGGGGUGAAAGGACACCAAGGGAUACUGACCAGGAUGCCAUCAAGGUGGUGAUCUCUGAGGGAUGUUCCUCUCAGGGGGAUUCAUCUGAUGUGAGCCAAGGAGGUAAAGAAAUUGAUCUGGCACCUGGCUCUCCCCUGGUGCUAACCCAUAAGAUCAAACUGGUUUCAUCAGGGUCAGGUUCUGGGUCUUGUGGAUGCGAUGCAGACUUUGCUUCCUUGCGGGAGCGAUUAGAAAGUCUGGAGCGGGAAGUGUCUGACCUUCGGGGGAAGUGUGGAGAAACAGGAGAAAGCUGCUGCACCUCAGAGAGCAAAGGUGCUGGCUGCUCCAUAAAACCAGAAAAGGAGGACUGUCCCAAUGAGUGCAGUGAUCAGGGUCGCUGUGUGGAUGGCAAGUGCUCCUGCUUUCCAGGCUACAGCGGGCCGGACUGCAGCGAGUCCGGCUGUCCCGGGAACUGUAAAGACCACGGGAGGUGCAUGAAUGGAGAGUGUGUGUGUGACCCUGGUUUCUCUGGUCCCGACUGCUCCCAGAAAGCCUGUCCAAAUAACUGCAGCAAUCGUGGGAAGUGUGUGAACGGCAAGUGUGUAUGCAACUCUGGUUCCACAGGUCCGAGUUGUUCUGAAGAAUCUUGUCCUAAAAACUGCAACCGAAGAGGACGCUGUGUUGAUGGCCAGUGCGUGUGUAACACUGGAUUCACUGGUCCAGAUUGUUCCAAAAGGGGCUGUCCUGGAAACUGCAACAACAGAGGGCGCUGUGUCAAUGGUAAAUGUGUUUGUGACACUGGCUCCACAGGUCCUGACUGCUCUGAGGACACUUGUCCUGGAAACUGCAACAAUAGGGGGCGCUGUGUUGAUGGUAAAUGUGUUUGUGACACUGGCUCCACUGGUCCUGACUGCUCUGCGGACACUUGCCCUGGAAACUGCAACAAUAGGGGGCGCUGUGUUGAUGGUGAAUGUGUUUGUGAUGAUGGUUUCACUGGCAAGGACUGCCAGGAAAGAACAUGCCCUAAUGACUGUAACGACCGUGGGAGAUGUGUAGAUGGAAAAUGUGUCUGUGACAAUGGGUUCACCGGUACUGACUGCACUGAGAUCGCCUGUCCGGGAAACUGCAACAACAGGGGGCGCUGCAUUAAUGGACAAUGUGUUUGUGACAAUGGUUUCACAGGUGCAGACUGUUCUGAAAGAACCUGCCCCGAUAACUGCAGCAAUCGUGGAACAUGUGUUGAUGGCCAAUGUGUCUGUGAGAGUGGCUUCUCUGGUGAUGAUUGUUCUGAGUAUGCUUGUCCUGAGAACUGCAACAACAGGGGGCGCUGCAUCGAUGGACAAUGUGUUUGCAAUGAGGGAUUCACUGGUGAAGACUGCUCUGAAAAAGGUUGCCCCAACAACUGCAAUAACCUUGGAAGAUGCGUGAAUGGGAAAUGUGUUUGUAAUGUCCCGUUCACUGGACCGGACUGUUCUAUUAGAGGUUGUCCCAAUGACUGCAGCAACAAAGGGCGAUGCAUCAAAGGACAGUGUGUUUGCCGGCGAGGAUUUAUUGGACGGGACUGCAGCCAGUGCAAAGAGGGCAUGACUGGGCCAAACUGCAACAUUGCCAUGGCAGGUGUAUCUCAGCUGGGGGUUCGGGACGUCACAGAUUCUUCUGCCACUUUGAUUUGGACUCAACCCGCUGUUCAGUAUGAGACUUAUUAUAUCACGUUUACAAGCCAGAAAGAAAAGGAUCAGCAGAUCACUGUACAGGUGGAUGGAGGCCUGAACACCUUCACUCAAACGGGCCUGGCAGCUGGACAGGAGUACAUAGCCGUCAUUGUUGGAGAGAUUAAUGGCAGAAGGGGAGUUGAGAGCACAGCUGAAUUUGUGACCCUUAUCUCUGGUCCAACGAACCUCCAAGUCGUAAAGACCACCUCUACUUCAGCAGUAGUCCAAUGGGAGGAGUCGCAGGCAGACAUUGACAGGUACCGUUUGACCAUCACACCCAAAGACGGAGCAGGGAGGUCUCAGGAAAUGACCAUAGAAGCUGGCCAAAACUCUGCCCAUAUUCAGCAGCUGGAGGCAGGGCGUUUGUACGACAUCUUAUUGGUGGCGGAGAAGGGAGUGGUCCGUAGCCAGCCAGCAACUACCCAGGUAGUUCCCGGCACCACUUUCCCAAGGGCUACCAUUGAGGACUUGACCAUGCAGGUUACUCAAGCACCAGGACAAGACCUUGGCAGCAAAAGCAGAGACUCCUCAUCUUUUGUGAGUGCCAGAACUAGACCUCUGGUGAGCAAAGUGGUAGCAAGAAAUGACACCAGACCCAAAACCAGAAGACCUAUGGUGACAAGGCCUGGGCUGCUCCGUCCCAAUGCAACCAGAGUUUUGCCUGGAGGAAGACGUUUUUUACCUGAUUCUAAACUCAAAAACCCAGUGGUGUUGAAAAAAGGUGAAUCAAAAGAAAUUGAUGAAACUAAAGCAGAUGUUCAGAUCAUCCGGGAGUCUGUGGCAGACCAGAGUGAAGAGACAUUACGUUCUGAGAGGAGUGGUACCCAAACUCCAGCUGUAAUUCCUGGGAAUGACUUUGAACCUUCAUCGCCCCCGUCUGAACCAAAUAGGGAAAGUAGCUCAAAGGAACUGCUCUACAUUGGCUCAAAAGAACAACCAGAUGCUGACCUGGCUAUGGCUGAAAAUGAUACUAAUUCAUUGUCUUCCAAGCCAACUGGGAACAUCCGAAGCCAGGAGAAGAAAUGUCUGAAUAAAAUUAAGGUAACUCACUUCAGAUUGCCUUUAAAGAACAGAGGCAAUGGUUGUGAAGAGGAUGGGACAGUUUUGAGAGAAAAUAUUUUAAGUUCUAGUAAAGAGGAAAUGCCUUCUAAUCAAGAGAAAGGCCUUAAUUUGCCACAAGACCCCUUACACAAACUAAUAACUGAAACUUUUGAUGACCUUAAUAUCACAACAAUUUCAGUUCACCUGGCAAGACCUCUAAACCUUUCAGCUGAUGCAGAAAUGGUAAGGAAACAGAUUUUAAAGGGGUUUCCUUCACUCUUAACAACUUCAUCAUUAACUGCAAAAUCAUCCUACUUAUCACCUACCAAGACAUCAUCACCUGAUGCAAAACCACUUUCCUCACCAACAGAUUUAACGUCAUCAUCACACCAGUCAUUACUGUCACCUUCCUCAAAAAAAUCAUCUGUGUCACUCCCCUCACCAUCACCCCUCUCAACCACUAUGGAUGCUUUAGGUUUAAAUGGAAGCAAUAAAUUGGAUUCUACUUCCGACUCAACAUCUACUGAGGAUAGUGAACUAACAAGUUCAGAAGAAAGUGAAAGUUUCCCUUUCCACCACGGCGAUCCAAAACAAGGGUCUGUACGACGACUUUACCCCAACUUUGACUUGCUUCGAAACAAAAGCCAUCAAAACAUGAAAGUUCCCAUCCAUUCUCCUCAUUUGAGGCACACAUUAAUAAAAGAAACAAACAAUAUAUCAUCUUCACCAUCUUUGUCUGCUUCAAGAAAAACUCCCUCAUUGGAAAGAAAUCGUCCUGUGAAAGACGGAAACAGAGAGCGAGAUGAAAUAUCCAGAAAUGUAACCUCUGGGGUGGGAGAAAGCCAAAAAAGGAUGCUGACAGAACGUAGACAUUUCCCUGUCCGUCGCCUCCCUCUGAAGGGUGUAUUCCCACGUCGGAUGCUUUCAAAUCUUCAGAACAGAACCCGAUCAAUGCCAAAGAUUUCGACUCAACUCUCCCAAUCUAUAAAUCCUGACGCAGAUACCUUGAAACAACAGAUGUUUCCCACUGAAUUGUUAAAAAAUUCCACAUCUCAUUCUAGAGAAUCUGUACCAUCUGAUCCUUUGCCUAUAACUGAAGGAAAAGAAGGAGUUGGGAUAAGUUUCCCCAAAACCAGCAUCUCAAAAGAGUUCCCUCACACCCCAAGGGAAAGGGUUGCACCUUCCUCCCUUCAACCAAAUUUUCGUUACCCACACCAACGUGGCGAAUCUGUGCAAAAUAAAACAUUCAUGAACUUUGGACGUCGCCAAAAUCCUAUCCGAGGCCCAAUACGCAGACCUUUCUUCGGGAAAAAGCAAAAUGGAGGCGCUCUUAUUUCUGGAGUCAAAACUAAUGAACAGGGAAAAGACAGUACCAGUGAGAAUCCUGAAUCACAAUCAGAAAACCUAAAUACACAGAGGCUUACCCAUGGCCUCCAAAGUAAUCAACCACGUGAACAAGUAAAUGGCAUAUUUAGACAAAAUGUCCUUAUGCAUGAACAGAAAACUAGUGCUGAAAAACAAACAGAGGAGUCACAUAAUGGAGAUGAUGUCCUGAUCAAACUGGAAGCACCUAUAGAUCCUGACAUCAAAGAGAGACAUGAUACUGACAGGGACACUGGUUCCACAAAUCAAAGUAGUAUAUAUGUCAAACCUGAUUUUAAGCCCUCAAGAGUAGUUACACCCCCAAAGAGACAACCCACAUCCAAAACUGUCACAGGUGAGCAUCAUGGUUCCCAAGGUAUUGAUGGAAUACAAAAGAAAGAGUUUCAAAAAACAAAUCCCAAUGUAAACACUGUUUUUGACACUGAAACUGAAGGGACAAAAGGUCUCGCUUCUGAGGUUUCUUCUUCUGGGUACGAAAGAGAACCCCUGAACUUUGUGGAUGUGACAAACCAGACUUCUGAUGGCUUCACAGUCAUGUGGGAUUCGCCUGAAGGGAAGUACAAAAACUUUGUUAUAAGUAGAACAGAGGUUGAUAACGAUGAAAGCCAAAAACAGAAGGAAAAUAAACAAGAAGAAGAUAAAGAUCGAGACACCAAAGAAUUCUCAUCAGAAAAUGGAGGUGACGAGGACAAUAACAAAAUACCUAAAGAUCUUCAAGUCCCAAUAACCCAAAAAGGUGCAAUGGACAGACCAAUAGAGAGGGAGAAAACCUUCAGUCAAGUGCUGCCUGGUUCUGCUAGCUCCCACCAGUUUGAACAUCUACCUCCUCAGACGGAGUACACCAUAACCUUGCUUGGAAAAGGCCCCGGCAUUCUGUCCAGACUGCACAAGCUUGUCAUCAGUACAGGACCAGAGCCUCCAUCCAACAUAAUGUUCAGCAAGGUGACUGAAAACUCAGUGACAGUGUCAUGGACAAAACCAAAAAGUUCUGUUGAUGGUUUCAAAGUCACCUACACCCACGCAGAUGAGGGAGAGCCUGUGUCAGUGACGGUUGGCUCCCAGGACUCCACCCUCAAUCUAGCUCAACUGUCUCCAGGAUCCUCUUAUGAAGUCACCGUCAUCUCCACCCUCGGACUGGAUGAGAGCGAUCCAAUUAAAGAUACUGUCAUGACACUGCCUGACCCACCCACUGACCUACAAGCUGUCAAUGUGACUGACUCCACAGCAUUAUUGUUGUGGCGUCCAGUUCUUGGCUCUGUUGAUAAGUACACCAUUGUGUAUGGCUCAGGUACAGGAUCGGAAGUGACUGUUACAAUUUCAGGAAAUGCAGCUGAGCAGCAGCUGAGCAGUCUUGAAGGAUCCACCACCUACACCGUCACUGUAAGAAGUCAGCUGGGAAACCUGGAGAGUUCACCAGCUACAACCAGCUUUACCACCAAUAGCGGCUCUGCAGGCUCAGGGCGAGAUCAAAAUGAACCUCAAGAUCUAAAGGCCAAAAAUGUGACCCCUCGGAGUGCUGUUGUGUCAUGGAUACCUUUGUCAAAGCCUGUGGAUAAAUACAUACUGGUUUAUAGGAUCGAAGGCGAAAGCCCACAGGAAGUUAUUGUAAGUUCAGACCUAACACAGUACAAGCUGACCAGACUGCAUCCAGGGUCUCUGUACAUUGUGGAACUACGCUCUAUAAGGGGAGGACAACUGGCAGCCAGCAGCAACACUGAAUUCACUACUGGCACACUGAAGUUCCCAUUCCCAACUGACUGCUCUCAGGAACUGUUGAACGGUGUUGUCUCUUCAAAUGUGGUGGAGAUCUUCCCUGAGGGGAAAUCUGGCAAGUCGAUGCACGUUUCCUGUGACAUGGAGACGGACGGUGGCGGUUGGACGGUCUUCCAGAGGAGGAAGGACGGCUCGGUGGAGUUCUACAAUGGUUGGAAGGAUUACGUUUCUGGCUUUGGAAACCUGAGUGGAGAGUUCUGGCUUGGCCUUGAAAAAAUUCACAACUUGACUAAGAUGACGAAGAUGAAUCUACGGGUCGACCUACGAGAUGGAAGUGAGCAGGUGUUCGCCAAGUACUCGACAUUUCAGGUGUCCAACAGGAACUACAAACUGAGUGUGAGUGGAUACAGCGGCACUGCAGGUGACUCCCUUAGUUACCACAACAACUGCGUUUUCUCCACCAAAGACCGGGAUCCGGCACCGUGGAUCACCCGCUGUGCCAUUUCUUAUCAAGGCGGCUGGUGGUACAAAAACUGCCAUCAAGCAAAUCUGAAUGGUCGUUAUGGAAUUGACUACAAACAUCAGGGUGUCAUCUGGAAGUCAUGGAAAGGAGAACACCAUUCCAUCCAGUUUACGGAAAUGAAGAUGAGACCAGCAUCCUUCAGACCUCCAGCCAGCAGAACAAAGUGAGAAACAGGAUGGUGAACUGAUAAAGAAAUGGUGUCAUCAUAUGUACACACAUAUUUUACCAAAUGCCUUGCUCUCUUUUGGAAAUAGAGAUGUUUUUCAUGUGUACAAAGCAAGUUAUCAGUGUGUAACUGUAUAUUGUGAAGUUUUUAUCUUUUUCAGAAACAGUUGAUUAAAAUGAUUAGCUGGUAUCUUAUUAAGCAGCCAUUUGUGACCUCAAAAUGCUAAAAGUUUUAGAAAUGCAAAACCCAAAUUUUGUGUUUUUUAUUGGUACGAUCUAAAGCUAACCCAGGUAAAAUAUUUCCAAACCCUUAAAAAUACAAAUGUCUUGGCUGUGAAGUUUUUAAACUUUUCAUCUUAAUCAAAAAAGAAAAAACAAAAAGAAACAGAACAUCAAAUGAAUUUCACUACAUAAAAGGAUGUAAAAAAUAUUUUAAUUGAUGAUAGAAACUGAUAUUAGAAAAGGUGCUUAUAUGCUUAAAAAUAUAAAGAUGCUUCUCAUUAAAUCCUUAUAGUCACACAAAAAAACCAGAUGAAUCUGACUUUCUGAAGUUUAAGUACUUCAUCAUCUAUACAAACAAUGCAGUAUGCAGUAUCUCUCAGCAAUUUUUAAAAUAGAAUGCUCUCUUCAUUGUCAAAAUAAAGAAAUUUCUUGAGCGGCAUUAAAAACUUUUUCACAAUUCAAUUUAAAAAAGAAAAACACUCCCAAGUUAAGUGGAUUCUACUUCAAUAUCACAAGAUUGUUAUUGGUCAAAAUGUUUUUGAAAAGGGUUUCUCAUGCAUAACUUGGCAGAUCCUUUACGAUUUUGAGCUUUUUGUACUUUUCCCAGUGUAUAUAAUAGAGCUAAUUGAGUAUUAUAAGCUUUAUUUAAAAAAAAGUAAUUAUGUCAUGGACUGGAAGUGUAUCAAAGAGGCUGCACAGAAAUUCUGAUAAAUUUGUAAAACUGAUGCAGCAAAAAGUGAGUAAAACAAAUGGAAAGGUCACAGGGAACUCCAACAAAAAAAAUCCACUUAGACCAAACUGAAUAGUUUGCAUGCUGCUGCAGGAUUGAAGACCUUAAAGUAAAAUAGGAAUGUAACACAUUACUAAUAAACUAAGCUGGAAUCAGGAGCAUUACUGAACUCAUUAGGAUGAUUGAUGUAGAACUAUGAAGUGGAAAGCUGGUAAUGAGAGGAAGUAUUGUGUGGUAUUUCAAAUGGUUGCAGUUCUGUGUUGACAGUUCUGUUCAUAUACUGUUCUGUUUCCAGCAUUUCAAGCUAGUUUAUGUUCUUUGGCUCCCUCUCUUUCUUCUGUAAAUAAACUUACUGGUUGCUCAGAGUUCAGUAUGACUGUGCAUGCUGGGAUUUUUUUUUUUUUUUUUUGCUUUGAACAUUUAGAAUGUGCUUCUUAUGGUAUUGAAAAUACAAAUGUAUGCAUCUUUUAUUGUUGAAUGCCAAUCUCAAAUUCUUUUUUCCUUUUAUAAAUUGGAUAACAAGCCAGAAACAAGAUCUGAUUGUACCUCUUUGAUUCCCUCUGUGACUCUGAUCAUCCCUGCUUUAAAGCUCAGCAGUGCCCCCUACUGUUCAGUUUUCCACCUCAGCUUGGCUUUUCGGUGUUUACAGAUAAGAGAAAACACCUGCUGUGGUACAGCUGCCAUGACAGGUGCAUCACUGUCCUCACUGUGUUUGUCUUUUCUGUUUUACUUUGUCUUUUUGUAAACAGUGUUUUAUGUUUUGUCUACCUGUGGUGCCUUGUAAGAAAAUACAACAAUAAAAUGAUUUGAGUUUAAAA